GAGGUACCGCUGGGGAUGAAUGUCCCUGUGGGCUUGCUCUCUAUUUUGCGCAAAUUGAAAAGUGCACCAGACCAGGAGGUGCGGAUCCUCCUCCUGGGCUUGGACAACGCUGGCAAGACGACCCUGCUGAAGCAGCUUGCCUCUGAAGACAUCAGCCACAUCACACCCACACAGGGAUUUAACAUCAAAAGUGUACAGUCACAAGGUUUUAAACUGAAUGUAUGGGACAUUGGCGGACAGAGGAAAAUCAGACCAUACUGGAGAAGCUAUUUUGAAAACACUGACAUUCUUAUAUACGUAAUUGACAGUGCAGACAGAAAAAGAUUUGAAGAGACGGGUCAGGAGCUAACGGAAUUGCUGGAGGAAGAGAAGCUGAGCUGUGUGCCAGUGCUCGUCUUUGCUAACAAGCAGGAUCUGCUCACGGCGGCCCCAGCCGCAGAGAUCGCAGAAGGGCUAAACCUACACACCAUUCGGGACCGCGUCUGGCAGAUCCAGUCCUGCUCAGCGCUCACAGGCGAGGGCGUCCAGGAUGGCAUGAACUGGGUCUGCAAGAAUGUCAACGCAAAGAAGAAGUAAGGUGGAGCCGAGAGGCGCGGAGCUGCGGGAGCUGAUCCGGCCCUGAGAAACACUGGCUUGCGCUUUCUGACCAAAUGCCUUCCCAUCUGCGCACGGCACAGCUGUGUGGUGGGAGGGGACAGCAGCUUAAGAGGAACCCCCAUUCCAGCAGUAGAUUUUAACUGAUCUCAGAGGUUCAGUAUCGUUUUUCAAAUAAAGGAAUUAUAUUGUUUCCUCUGCAUAA